AUGUCUAAAGAGUUCCUCGAGAAAGUACGCGGGAUCACGAAAGGAUUCUUCGCGAAUACUGAAGAAGAGAAGAAGAAAUCAGGUCGUCAAGCUGGAAGUGCAGAAGGAUAUGGAAUUGAUAGAGUUGUCUCAGAUAAUCAAAUCCUCGACUGGUGCGAUCGUCUCUCUCUACGGAUCUUCCCUGAAGAUCAGAGGAAAUUGAAUCUCUGGCCAAAUCAUCCAGAAAAUUUCAGGUAUUCAUUCAUCAAUUCAUCUUCCUUUCUAAGAAGCGGUUAUUAGAACUUCGCUACUAUAAUUCUUUUCACAGCGAGACUCUAGAAGAAUACGGGAAGAACAUAAAGUCAAUCGCGACUCUUCUAUUCACUGCGAUGGCUAAAUCGCUGAAUUUGGAAACCGAUUCCUUCUCGAAGCAAUUCAGCGGAAGAUCGAUCUUGCAAGCACGUCUCAUCCUGUAUCCGCCUUGUCCGAGGCCAGAUCAAGUGUUUGGAUUGAAAGCUCAUUCUGAUAGAUCUGGUGUCACCAUUUUACUGCAAGACAGAGAAGUGGAAGGUUUACAAGUUCGUAAAGACGACGAUUGGUUCACAGUUCCUAUAAUUCCUGAUGCAUUGUUCGUCAACCUUGGAGAUCAAAUGCAGAUAAUGAGUAAUGGGAUGUUUACGAGUCCGAUGCAUCGGGUGGUUACGAACAGCCAUAGAGAGAAGAUAUCGGUGGCGUUGUUUAACGAACCGGAACCGGAGAGUGAGAUCGGGCCUGUGGAUGGAUUGAUCGAUGAAGAUCGGCCGAGAUUAUACAGGAAUGUGAAGAACUAUGCUGUUUUCAAUUAUGAAUGCUUUCAGAAAGGUGUGGUCGCCAUUGAUGCAGCUAGGGUUUAGUUACUGAUGGAGACGACGAAGAGAUUUAAUGGUUAUGAUGAUGAUGCAUAAAUAACUAAACAUGGAAG